AUGUUUUGUAGAAAGCAAAAAUGUAAAAAUUACUUGUGCACUAGCGAGAUAAACAAGCUAAAAGAAGUUUUAAAAAAACUCCCACAAGAAAAAAAUGAAGAAAAGAAAAGAGAGGUGCUGAAGAAGGUAAUAGCGUACAUGACCCUCGGGGUCGAUGUAUCAAAGCUAUUUCCGGACAUUAUAAUGAUAUCAAACACAAAUGAUAUAAUACAGAAAAAAAUGAUAUAUCUCUACCUGAAUAACUACGCAGAAACGAACUCGGAACUGUCCCUCCUCACUAUAAACACCCUGCAAAAGGACAGCAAAGAUGACGACCCAAUUAUAAGGGGGCUAGCCUUACGAAGCUUUUGCAACUUGCGCAUUAAUAAUUUGUUUGAAUAUAUAGAAGGGCCUCUAUUUAAUGGAUUGAACGACAAAAAUUCCUACGUCCGAAGAAUCGCCAUAAUUAGUUGUGUCAAGCUGAUUAAAAUGAACCCACAGAUAGGUAUAAAAAACGAUGUCAUAAAAAUUUUGAAAAAUAAACUCCUAGACAAAGACUCCCAGUGUAUAAUAAAUGCAGUGCAUGCAUUGAACGAAAUAUUGGUAGAUGAAGGGGGAUUAAAAGUAAAUAAAGAAAUCAUUUUUAACAUGCUAAACAAAUUAUCUACCUUUAACGAAUGGGGAAAGUGUGUUAUUCUAAAUAUCGUAAGUACCUACAUUCCAGAGAAUGAAGACGAAAUGUAUGACAUUAUGAACAUAUUAGAAAAUCACAUAAGAGAUUUUUCCUCCGCAGUAUUUCUAUCGUGUUUAAAAUGUUUUUUAAAUUUCUCUUCCAAUGAUACAAAUUUACAAAUUCAGAUUUUUCAAAGAAUGAAAGAUCCUUUACUUACUUUAAUUUCCACCUCUUCUUACGAAAUUUCUUACAUCGUUUUGUUACAUACCAAUUUAUUACUACACGAGGCGAAUAAACUGAACUACAACAUAUUCGACUAUGAUUACAAGCACUUCUUUUUUCGAUACAAUGAUCUUACAUACAUAAAGGACAUUAAGUUGGAUAUCCUCGUGUCCGUGGCCACUAAGAACAACAUGGUCAUGAUAACGAACGAAUUGAGCGAGUACAUAUGCGACCAGAACGUGGACAUCGCCAGGAAGGCCAUUUACUCCAUCGGGUGCAUAGCUCUGAAAAUACCAAAGGCAAUUUCCAAAAUAGUGGAGUUAGCCCUCUCGUCCUUUCUCCCCAUGAACCGUUCCUAUAUUUGUAGCGCCACGGUAGAAAUGUUAGCAAACAUAUUGAGAAAGUACGAAGAAUACACAAAAGUAAUCAUUGAACAAAUUAUAAAACAUGAUAACAAACUUAUAGAGAAUGAUGGAAUCAGAUCUUACAUUUGGAUUCUUGGGGAAUAUUCAGAAUACAUAGAAAAUGCACCCUACAUUUUGGAAGGAUAUGUCAAUCUGACCGACUGUUCCUAUUUAUUCAUGCUGGAAUUGUUGACGGCGUGUGUGAAGGUCUUAUACAGAAGACCUUCCGAAAUGGUAGUCAUUAUUUCCUCCCUCUUUGACAACAUUUUAAAAAAUUAUAAAUACCCGGAACUUACGGACAAAAUGCAUUUUUAUUAUAAACUGCUAAGUUAUAAUUAUGAAGAAGCCUUCAAAAUUAUUGUUUGUAAAAAAAAACUAGUAAAAAAUUUCUGCGAAUCGAAUGAAAAUAUUUUACUCGACAAAUUGUUUAAUGAAUUCAACACCCUCUCUGUACUGUAUAAACAGCCUAUAUAUAAAUUUGUGGAAUAUUCUAAAAUACGUUUUGGAGGAAUGUACGACGCGGAGGAAAAUGAAGACCAGGGGACCCAUGAAAAUCAUCUUCAUAUGGACGACGCUGGUGUAGACAAUGUUGACAAUAACAUUGCACAUGUCAGCGACACGGAUAGGGAAAGCUUCGUCAACUCCCCAGAGCAGGAUGCCCGAAUGCCUGGCAAGUACCCCUUGUCCAACAGUGACAAGCACACAAAUCACCAUAACAACGGAACCAGUGGAAACUUUCCCAACAUGAACGAGGAUAUGCUCCUUAUGGGCGAUGAAGACACGGGCGGGUGUCACCACAGCGGGGACAAGCAUAACGCGCGUGGUCGCACAGACGAUCACGCCUAUGACCAUGGAGAAGGCAACACGCUGGGAAACAACCACGACCUCUCUGCACAAGCCCCAAAGCACAUCAACAACAUGAAUGCCCCCUUAAGUAGUAGGGAUGUAAAAAAAUCACGCGGCAGAGGGUCCACCAACAACGACCCCACAAACACCCUUGGUAGUAGCCCCACCAAUAGUAAAAAGUUGGAGAAAAAAAAGUCGCAUGAAUUGAUGAAACCCACAAAUUCGGGGCAGAUGAACAAAUUAAAUGAUAUUUUAGUCGAUGCAGAAAAUAUAAACCCAGAACACUACCAAGAGCAGUGGAGUAUUCUGCCUGAACAGAAUAAUGAAAAACUAUUUUUAAGAAAAAAUUACAACUUACAGUUAGAAACAAUUGAUGAAUUUAUAUCAAAAUACAACAUUGUAACCCUCGCCUCUGGGGAAAUCGAUCAGUGCCUCAAAUUCUACAUGUACUCGCAAUUUUAUACGAAGCAGUACAUUUUUAUUGAGUUAAUUUUCAACAAAGCCGAAAAUACGAUCAACUGGAUACUGAAAUCUCAAUGCGACGACCCCAACAUGCUCGAUCGCUUCACUGAUUAUUUCAGGGACAUAUUCAUGGAGUUCAGGUGA